AUGUCCGAGUGGGUGUCCUACUACCGGAGCGAGGCGCUGGAGGAGCAGGAGGAGGAGGAGCAGCAGGAGGAGGGGACCGAGGCAAUCGGGGACUACCGGUUCUCUGGUCGCGACAGCCUGAUUUUCUUAGUCGACGCCUCCAAGGCCAUGUUUGACGAGGACGAGGAGGGAGUGACUCCCUUUGACAUGACCAUACAGUGCAUCCGGAACGUGUAUACCAGCAAAAUCAUCAGUAGUGACAGGGACCUGUUAAGUGUCGUGUUCUAUGGUACAGAAAAGAACAAGAACUCAGCAGAUUUCAAGCACAUCUAUGUUCUUCAGGAGCUGGACAAUCCAGGUGCAAAGCGUGUUCUAGAGCUGGACCAGUACAGGGGAGACAAAGGACAAGUACUUUUCCGUAAGACCUUUGGCCACAAUGCUGACUAUUCACUGGGUGAAGCGCUCUGGGCCUGCUCUAACCUCUUCAGUGAUGUCAGAGUCCGGCUGAGCCACAAAAGGAUCAUGCUCUUCACCAAUGAGGAUGACCCUCAUGCCAACGACAGCACCAAAGCCAAGCUGGCCAGGACCAGAGCUGGUGAUCUGAGGGACACAGGUAUCAUCCUGGACUUGAUGCACUUGAAGAAGCCUGGAGGGUUCGAUAUCGCUCUGUUCUACAGGGAUAUCGUAAACGUGGCAGAGGAUGAGGACCUUGGCAUCCACCCUGAGGAGUCGGAGAAACUGGAACAUCUCAUGAAGAAAGUACGAGCAAAGGAGACAAAGAAACGGACUUUAGUCAGGUUAAAUCUGUAUCUGAACAAAGAUCUGUCUCUUUCUGUUGGUGUUUACAACCUUGUACAAAAAGCUUAUAAGCCAUAUCCGGUGAAGCUGUAUCGGGAAACUAAUGAACCAGUCAAAACAAAAACAAGGAUGUUUAAUGGAGAAACAGGCAGCUUGCUCCUGCCUAGUGACACAAAAAGGGCUCAGACAUAUGGAAACCGCCAGAUUGUGCUGGAGAAGGAGGAAACAGAAGAAUUAAAGCGGUUUGAUUCUCCUGGCUUGUAUCUGAUUGGCUUCAAACCACUUUCAAUGCUAAAACAGCACCACCAUAUCAGGCCCUCCCAGUUCAUCUAUCCGGAGGAGUCCCUGGUAAGCGGGAGUACAACGCUAUUUAACGCCUUACUGAUGAAGUGCUUGGAGAGGGAGGUGGUGGCACUGUGCAGGUACACCGCGCGCCGGAACACUCCCCCUCGCUUUGUGGCCCUGGUUCCCCAGGAGGAAGAGGUGGAUGAGCAGAAAGUGCAGAUUGCCCCUCCAGGUUUCCACAUCAUUUUCCUACCGUAUGCAGAUGACAAACGGAACGUCGAUUUUACAGAGAAGGUGCCAGCCAGUCGAGAGCAGGUGAACAAAAUGAAGGAAAUCGUUCAAAAACUCCGUUUCAGAUACAG